CUUUAAAAUCCUAACAUCAUCUUCUUCUUCCCAUCCCAUCCCAUCUUCUUCACCAUUCCAGCUAAAAAUUAAAGCAAAACAAUUCAUACCCACACCACAGAAAAUAAGACAAAUUAAAUCAAGAAUGGCCACCAUCACCUCCGUCGCCGCCGUCACCAUCCCCUCCUUCACCGGCCUGAAAGCCACCGCCUCCAAACCCGCCGCCGCCGCCGUCUCCACCAGGGCCGCCGCAGCAGCACCCCCCAAGCUCUCUAUCAGAGCGUCCUUGAAGGACGUCGGCGCGGCGGUCGUCGCCACCGCCGCCACCGCAAUCCUCGCCGGAAACGCCAUGGCCUUCGACAUCCUCCUCGGCGCCGACGACGGUUCCCUCGUUUUCGUCCCCAAAGAAGCUGAAGUCGCCGCCGGCGAGCAGAUCAACUUCGUCAACAAUGCCGGAUUCCCACACAACGUGGUGUUCGACGAGGACGAAGUCCCCGCCGGCGUCGACGUCAGCAAGAUCUCCAUGGACGAGCAAGACCUCCUCAACGGCCCCGGCGAGAAAUACUCUGUCACUCUCACCGAGAAAGGCUCUUACAGCUACUACUGCUCCCCUCACCAGGGCGCCGGCAUGGCCGGAAAAAUAACGGUCAAAUAAAUACAUUCUCCGACCACUCCUUAUCUUAUGUAUUAAUUAAUCACAUCAUCGUCUUCUCCACUGGGAUUUUUCUUUCCAUGUAUUCUGAGCUACGCUGUCUGAAAUUCCAUGCUUCAUUGAUUAAA